AUGGCUGCGCCUGCUCUCGCCGCACCGCCUUCUCCCGUCGUUGACGAUGACGCGAAGCUCAGUAUCACGGAGGACGAUGAAGUCGAACUGGCAGUUCCUGAUGAGGGCAGGCCGCCAACGAGACACGAGCUCGCGACGCUCAGACGCGUGUCGGGUCCGAUGCCUUGGCCGGCGUAUCUCAUCUGCUUCGCGGAACUCGCUGAACGGGCGAGUUACUUUGGAUGUACGGUUGUAUUCUCGAACUUCAUUCAGCGGCCGUUACCUGUCAAUGGGAAUGGGGCCGGUGCACCUCCGCGCGGGACACAAGAGACAGCUGGCGCGCUGGGACUGGGACUACCGGCGGCGAGCGGUAUCACGUUGACGUUCUCAUUCCUCUCCUACGUGCUUCCCAUUCUAGCGGGUAUGCUCGCCGACGCGCGGUGGGGCAUGUUCAAGACGAUCGUAGUCUCCUCUUUCAUCGGCAUCGUUGGCCAUGUCAUCCUCGUCGCAGCGGCCGCGCCCUCUGUACUCGACUCGGGCCUGGCGAUCGUCCCCUUCGCCAUAUCCCUCGUUAUCCUUGCCAUCGCCUCAGGAGGCAUCAAAGCCUGUGUGACGCCUAUCAUCACGUACCAGUGUCCCGUCGACUCUCCGAUUGUUAUGAUCUCGCGCAGACCGCAGGGAUGGAGACGAUGGGUGUCGUUUGGGCCCAGCGCGAGGGAAGGCGAGAAGGUCAUUGUCGAUCCGGAAGUGACGAUGCAGAACAUGAUCAUGAUCUACUACUUCGGCGUUACGAUUGGCGCAGUGUUCCCGCUUGCGACGACGAACAUCGAGAAGCGCGUUGGGUUCUGGCUUGCGUUCCUCGUGCCGGGCAUCUUAUUCUUCGUCCUACCGCUCGUACUCGCAUUCGUGUACUACUGCAAGCUCAUCAAGAUUCCGCCCAUGAAACAUUCGGUUGUAGCGGAUGCUAUCAAGGUACUCGGUAUAGCGUGCAAGGCGGCUGGGCCUGGGAAGUUGUUCGUGAAUGGUCCGAAUUGGGAAGCUGCGAAGCCCAGCGCUCUGAAGGAGAAGAAUGUGAAGAGUGAGGCUGGAUGGGACGAUACGUUCGUCGAUGAGCUGCGCAGGAGCGGUGGGGCCAUCCGGUUCUUCUGUAUCUUACCCGUCUACAUCUUCGUGUACCUCGGCUUCAACUCGUUGCUCGUUAGCCAGGCCGCGGCGAUGACGACAGAUGGUGUACCUAACGAUCUGCUCACGGGUUUCCAAGCGCUCUCGCAGGUCGUCGCGAUUCCAAUACUCACAUAUGGCGUGUACCCCUUGCUUCGUCGGUGGGGCAUCGACUUUUCUCCGCUCAAGCGCAUCAUGUUCGGUUUCGGACUCACGUCCAUCGCAAUGAUCAUCGGCGCCGUCCUCCAAUGGCGCGUCUACGAAACAUCGCUCUGCGGCUACUCCGCCUCAACAUGCACCGUCGGCACCGGCGUCUCGCCCAUCAGCCUAUGGACACAACUACCGCUAUACGGUCUGCCUGGCAUUGCGGGCAUCUUCAUCAACGUCACGGGUUACGAACUCUCCAUCAACUUCGCGCCCAAGAGGAUGAAGACGGUUGUGUUCUCGUCUCAGUUGUUCUUUGUGGCGCUCGCGGCUGCUGCCGCCGCCGCUGCGUCGCCUAGCUUCCACGAUCCAAAUCUGAUAUGGCCUUUCGUGGCACUUGCGGUGGCUAAUGCUCUUGCGAUACCCGCGUCGUGGUAUUUCUUGCGCGAUAUAGAUAGGAAGGUCAAGGAGGUCUUCGAACUGGCUGUGAGAUUAGACGAGGAUGAGGUUGGGCCACGACAUGAUGAAGAGAAACGAUAG